AUGAUACGGCAGGGUACAAAGUAUGUUUUCUGAUACUAUUUUGAGUAUGAUACUAAAUAUUAGGUUAGAUCUUAAAAUUUUUUAUAAUUAUUUAUUUUAUGAUAAAAGGUAUAGGUAAGGAUGGGGAUAUGGGUAGGGGUAUAGGUAUAAAUAUGAAUAUAGGUGUGGAUAUGGAUAUUAUAAUGCUUAAAAAGAACCAAAUCACUUUUGAGUUAAAGCGUAUCAUAUUCAAAGUACUUUCAGCAUUCAUACUGCAUUGAUUUAGCAGAAAAUUAUUAACACAAAAAAAUUUGAUUAAAAAAAACAAAACUAAAAUAUCCAGACCGUAGGAUGCCCGCAGGGCAUCCUUUGAUCUGGUUUCUAUUAUUUAAAAUUAGUUUUAUUACCUAUGAUUGAGUUUUGUUACCUAAAAGUCAUUCUUUGAAUUUUUAUCAAUUUUUAGUUCAAUAAUGUUUGUUUACUUCAUAAAUUUUGUUUCUAAACCCCCUUGCUCCCAGAAAACAUUAAGUAUCACCUAAAAAUUCUUCCAGAUUAGUGCAAAACCACCGCAUCAACAACAACACCAUAGCUACCUCAAAAUCGGAGGAUCGGACGCGUUCGCCAGCGUAUGAAGGCGCCGCACCAGAACAAUUGGUUUGUAUAGAUUCGAAUCGGGUUGAAAUCGUCGUGGAGAAGCACCACCCCUUCUUCGAAAUGCCCGUCCAAACCCGCGCCCGCCGCUUGGUCAGCAGUCAGAGCCCGGUGCAGCAGAAAAAAGCAUUUGUAAGUUGAAUUUUUGUUAGUUUUGUUGAUGUUUAGGUAUAGAGGAUGAUGGAGAAGAUAUUAGUGUAGCUGUAUGGCAUUUUAUAGGCUUUUUGGCUUCGGGUUAUAGUUUUUUUUUGGCAGAUUAUUGACUGCACGGUGCAGUUUUUCAGUUCUUUGCCUCAUAAUGGAAUUUUUGCCAUUUUAAGCUAAAAAAUCAGGUUUUUUAAAAAUGAACUUUAAGAAAAAUGUUUAAAAAUCGAAUUUUUAAGCUUAAUUUCAAUUAAAAUUUUUUAAUUUUGAGGUGAUUUUUUUGAUGUUACAUCGCACUGUCCAAGCAAUUUUUUCAAAAUGCUAUUUUUUAUUGAACGCUGCGGAUUUUUUAAUAGAUUAUGACAUUUUAUAAUGCAGAGGGAGAUACUGAACGUUAAUAAUUGCUUUUUGAUGUUUAAAUUUUAAAGAUUUUCAAAAAAAAUUAAUUUUUUAAGUUUUGACUGCACUGUGCAAAUUUAUUCACUGCACAGUGCGAAAAAAUUUAAAAUUUGGAAUUUCAAACUCAAUUUUUCAGAAAAUCUGGCAGUAUCUUCGCUCAACGGUCGACAACGUUUGCGAUGCGUACAUUGAGAAAGACUGUCGUCUAGAUCAUCAACAACUUCAAGGUCUUCGAGAUCACAAAUAUGCUUCAGCCGGCUACAGUUUCAUGGACGACCUAUGCAUGCAACGGUUCUGGAACUGGGUAGUCGAGUAUUAUCCGAUGUGGCUGGCUCCAAAUUUGAUAACAUUGAUUGGAUUGAUUAUAAAUUUACUGACUGUGCUGGUUCUGUCACAUUAUUGUUAUACAGCCACUGAGGAGGUAAUGGUUUACUUUUUGGUUUUUGUGUGUUUAGGUAACAAAUUUGCGUGUUGAUUGAUUAUAUAGCAUUCACAAGAGUCUUCAGAAGCUUAUAACACUCAUUUGGGUGUUGUCUAGGGUAUUUGAAUUAUGAAAAUUGAGGAAAAAUGGAUAAAAAAGCAUCAAGAUGGGAUGGAAAAUAUAUUUUGUGAUUUUUAGACGAAACGUGAUAUUAUAGGGAAAUUUUUUGUGUUCUUUGUUAUUAUACUGGUUUAUAGAGGCUUUUGAAGCUAUAGAACUGAGGUUUUGUAUCUGUUUUGUUGCGAAUCAUUAAAAUAUUUAAUUUUCAGGCACCAAGAUGGGCCUACCUCCUCGCCGCCCUAGGCCUCUUCUGUUACCAAACCCUAGACGCGACCGACGGAAAACAAGCUCGUCGUACAGGAUCAUCAAGUCCAUUAGGAGAACUGUUUGAUCAUGGUUGUGAUUCAAUGACACAAGUUUUUGUCACACUAAACAUGUGUUUCGCUUUCCAACUGGGACUCAUGAAGAACAUGGUGUGGAUCGCGGUCAUGAUAUCAGUCUCAACGUUCUACGUGGCACAUUGGAGUACGUUCUGCACUGGGCAUCUUAAAUUCAACAGGUUCGACGUGACAGAAGCGCAGGAUGUUAUAAUUUCGGUCUUAUUGAGCACGACUUUGUUCGGCCCUUCAGUUUGGGACACCUCGGUUAGUUUUUGCCAUAUCUUUUGAGGGGGUGGGUGGAAAUGGAUGAAAAUUUGGGUGAAGGAGGGGAAAAGAAUGGGGUUUAAAAUGGUUGCUGUGGUUUUGGUAAUUUUUUUGGGAUGGGCGUGGAAAUUUGAAUUUUUUUGAAAAAUUUUGGGUGUUUUGGAAUUUUUUUUUCUUUUUUGAUUUAAAGAAAGCUAAUGAUAUUUCAGAAGCAACAAUUAAAGGAAUUAUGAAAAAGGAUGUGAUAAGAGUUUUUUGACAUAUGGUGUUAAUAAAAAAUGUCAUUUUUCAGAUUUUUGGCAUCAUCACCGUGAAGACCUUGAUGUUAUCAGGUGGAUGUCUAGGAAUGAUAAAUCAAGUCGUUGUAUACUUAAAAAGCAUUUUCUCGGAAGGAUCUGGCAAAAAUGGAUCUACUGUGGCGGUAAGAUAUUGAUUUUGAGAAAAAAAAAUUUUCUUUUGAAUUUUUGAAAAUUUUUGGUUUUAAUGGUUUUGGGGGAUUAUUUUUUAGGUAAAUUAUGGUUUAAAAUGACGUUUUGAAAUAAAUUAAAUUUUUUUUAUUAUAGUUUUUGAAAUUUUGAAUUUUUGCCAUUUCAGGACACAUCAGUGAUAUUCCCUUUGUUCCCACUACUCUCCGUCCUCCUACCCUUUUGCAUGAUCUACUCAAAGUCGACCAGUGGCAUAUACGAUGCCAACAUAACCCUCUUUGCCUUAUGCUUUGCUGCCGUAGGCGCAAAAGCCACGAAUCGACUAGUCGUAGCCCACAUGAGCCGCUCGCCCGUAGGCAUCUGGGACUGGAUCUACCUAAGCCCACUGCUCAUGAUCAUCAACCAGUACUACGACUUUUACUUUGACGAACUCAAAAUCCUCGUCAUCGCCACCAUAUACGCAUACUUGAGUCUACUAGUGUACUGUGUCUACAUUUGCCAUCAGUUCUGCAACUACCUUGAUAUAUACUGCUUCAAGAUUCGCCGCUCCGCUCAAAGUCCAACCACUAGCUCGUCGAUAACAAAAAGGUCGUCGGAAACUAAGAGGAAUCGAUAA